AGAUUUAAUUCUAAUUUUAAUUAAAUUACUCUUUAAUAUGCAACAAUCACAACAACAAAGACCUGAACAUCCUGCAACAUUUAAUGAAUUGCUAAUUAAUGAAGUUAGAGCGCAUCCACAACUUUACAAUCAACAGCACCGUGUUUGCACUGAUAACGGUGAGAGGAACGUUAUUUGGGAGGUUAUUGCCCAAAGAAUCGACGAAACUGUAAACGGUGAAUUUGCGAAAAAACGUUGGCUUCAAAUGCGCGAUCGUUAUAGAAAGGAGCUGAAAAUGGCACUUCGAACUUCUAUUCAACCGAAAUGGCCAUAUUUUGCCAAACUUUCGUGGCUCGAUCCUUAUUUGAAAGGAGCAAAGAAAGUUGAUUCUGCGUCUAAUUCGCCGUUAGGACAACAGAACAAUUUAAUUGCCGAGUUUGGGAUCGCUUCUAAGCAGCAAGACUUUAAUGGACUGAAUGGAAUUUUUGGUGGGACCGAAAAUAAUAAUGGUAGCUAUUUAGAAUAAUCCAUUUUUAAUUCCAAAAAUUUAUUAAAAAUUUUUUCUUUAACCCCCCUCCACUCUAUUAGUUUUAAUAUUCUUUCGGGCAUUAAUUAAUAAUGUAAAUAGAUCACCAACUCCAAUUCCCUUCACCAACCGUUAAUCUGUUAGAAACAUUGAUGGCAGCAAGUCGUGAAUUUUUAGAGAGACAACAACGGGAAAAACAAGAAAAUGUCUCUACAAGUUCAGCAAUUUCUAAUAAUGAUUUGAAUAUUCAACAAUUACAUAAUGAU